GUGAUACUUUCUAUAAUUACUCUGAAGUAACAUACGCUAUGGUUCACUUAGGUCCAAAAGCUCCUGCUCAUCGUAAAGGUACAUUCACGGAUGUCCCCGAUGUAUUACUUGCAGAACUCAAGUCUCUUGAAACUCAAUUUACAGUAUCACCUGACAAACUCCGAGAAAUUGUCGCUCACUUCAUCAACGAAUUGGAAAAGGGUUUGUCUGUGGCCGGCGGGAAUAUUCCUAUGAUCCCGGGUUGGGUUAUGGAUUGUCCUACUGGUAAGGAAAAAGGUGACUAUUUGGCCAUUGAUUUAGGGGGAACUAAUCUUCGUGUCGUUCUUGUCAGAUUGGGAGGUAAUCGCGAUUUCGAUACUACUCAAUCCAAGUAUCCAUUGCCAGGAUACAUGCGUACUGCUACUAGUGAACAGCUUUGGGAUUUCAUUGCUGAUUGUUUAAAGAAGUUUGUCGAAGAGGUGUACCCAGAAGGGUGUGAUUCUGAAUUGCCAUUAGGGUUUACAUUCAGUUAUCCUGCUUCUCAAAACAAGAUCAAUGAAGGGGUUUUACAACGUUGGACUAAAGGUUGGGAUAUCAAUGAUGUGGAAGGACACGAUGUGGUUCCAAUGUUGCAAAAGGCAAUCAAGAAAGUUGGUGUACCUAUUGAUGUAGUCGCAUUGAUCAACGAUACUACAGGUACACUUGUGGCUUCCAUGUACACUGAUCCAGAAACAAUCAUGGGAUUGAUUUUCGGUACAGGUGUCAAUGGUGCUUAUUACGAAAUAGUCAAGGAUAUUCCUAAAUUACAAGGCAAACUUUCUGAUGAUAUUGCACCUGACUCGCCAAUGGCUAUCAACUGUGAAUAUGGUGCAUUUGACAAUGAAUUGGUAGUUCUCCCAAGAACUAAAUACGAUGUUCAAAUUGAUUUGGAAUCACCAAAGCCAGGUCAACAAUCAUUUGAAAAGAUGAAUUCUGGUUAUUACUUGGGUGAAAUCUUAAGAUUGGUCUUGCUUGAAUUGGCUGAAGAAAAACAACUCAUCUUUAAAGGACAAGAUUUGACCAAAUUACAUCAAGCGUAUAUCAUGGAUACCUCAUUCCCAGCCAGAAUUGAAGAAGAUCCAUUUGAAAACUUGCUGGAAGUGUAUGACGUAUUUAUGGAAGUCUUGUCUAUUGAAACUACCGUACCUGAACGCAAGGUUAUACGAAGAGUUUGUGAAUUGAUUGGGGAAAGAUCUGCUAGAUUGUCAGUAUGUGGUAUUGCUGCCAUUUGUAAAAAGAGAGGAUACACAAAGGGCCAUUGUGCUGCUGAUGGUAGUGUGUACAACAAGUAUCCUGACUUUAAAGUUCGUGCUGCCAAAGCUUUGAGAGAUAUUUUCCAAUGGAAGGACGAUGAAGAAGACCCAAUUACUAUUGUUGCAGCUGAAGAUGGAUCUGGUGUUGGUGCAGCUGUUAUCUCUGCAUUAACUGAAAAGAGAUUGAAGCAAGGAAAGUCUGUAGGAUUAGCCGUGUAAGUAGCUGUUGUUGUUUGUAUAGUAUAAAUAAAAGGUGCAAUUUCAGAUAG